AUGUCUACCAUCUAUGCCUUGGGCACCAAGCUUGGACGGGCUGCCAUCGGCGUCAUCCGAGUGCUGGGUCCCCAGCUGAAAUACAUUUACUCCCAGCUUACUAAGGCGAAGCAACCACCAACGCCACGCGUGCUGUCGCUCCGUCGCCUCUAUGACCACAACCACCAGAUGCUUGAUGAAGCGCUUGCCCUCUAUUUCCAGGGUCCUAACAGUUACACAGGUGAAGAUCUGCUUGAGCUUCACGUCCACGGCGGCACCGCCAUCAUUUCUCUGGUGCUCAAAGCGAUUGAGCGCCUCCACAACCCUGCAGAAGACCGCAUCAUCCGCUACGCUCAAAACGGUGAGUUCUCCCAGAGAGCGUUUUUGAACGGUCGUUUUGAUCUUACCGAAAUUGAAGGGGUUCGAGAGAUGAUUGAUGCCGAGACCGAGACCCAACGGAAGGCCGCCGUCGCCAAUAUGAGGGGUGAUACCCGCGCUCUAUUCACUCGUUGGCGUCAGGAUAUCCUCGAGCAAAUCGCUUUGCUCACCACCGUGAUUGACUUCGGGGAAGAACAGGACCUCGAUGAAGUCGCGGGUCUUUUUGCUCAAGUUGACGAAAACAUUUCCAAACUUCGCCAGGAAAUUCAGCAGUAUUUACGUAAAGUUGAGGGUUCGCGCCUUCUUCUCACCGGUAUUAAUGUGGUGUUACUCGGUCCUCCCAAUGCGGGUAAGCUGUCGUUGCUCAACCUGUUAUCCAAUAGCGAUGCUGCCAUCGUCAGUGACAUUGCUGGUACCACUCGUGACUUAGUCAGAGUACCGUUGGACAUUGAGGGGUAUAAGGUAGUGGUGGGCGAUACCGCGGGCAUUCGAGAGCUUUCACUGGCUGAUAGCAUCGAGCAACAAGGUAUAAGUCGUGCCAAAACGUCGUCGCAGGCGGGCGACUUGGUGGUGGUAGUGCUCCCCAUUACUGAAGAUAUUAGUGAACUUAAUGAGUUGACCACUCAUUUACAGGAAUUGAAAGAAGCGGGGAAACGGAUAAUGGUGGUGGCCAAUAAAGUCGAUCUUAUUGAUACCACUGAGGAACGCCUCGAACGUAUUGAAGCUUUGGCGCAAGCUUUAAAUGUCUCCACUAGUCAAAUCCACGUUGUCAGUUGCACUGAGGGUGACGGUAUGGAAGCUCUUUCCAAUACUCUUGUGAAAUACUUCAAAGAUAUCACGAUGAGUGAGUCAGCAGACCCAGUGGUGAUCUCUGAGAGAGCUCAAAAUCUUCUUGUUCACGAUGUUCUUUAUGGUUUUGAUCAAUUCUCUCAGUUCAAAGACGACGAGGACGUGGUGCUAGCUACUGAACUGCUUCGACAAAGUGUUGAGGGUAUUGGCAAGAUUACUGGUGAAGCUAUCGGCGUUGAGGAGAUCUUGGGGGUGGUGUUCUCCAGCUUCUGCAUUGGCAAAUAA